CAGGUCGGAUGACAUUUCUAGCAUUACCCUCUCAACUCAACCCGUAUCCCGAUAAACCACGACUGACCUUCAGUUCCUCUGGGACUUUCAAAUUGACCGUAUUCUCAGAUCUCCAUUAUGGUGAAAAUCCCUGGGACGACUGGGGACCUAAACAGGAUGUUAAUAGUGCACGACUGAUGAAAACUGUACUUUCCGAUGAGAAGCCUGACUACGUCGUUCUGAAUGGAGACUUGAUCACCGGUGAAAAUACAUUCCGGGAGAAUUCCACCACUCUCAUCGACGCCAUAGUAGCUCCUCUAAACGAAGCAAAAAUCCCCUUCUCUUCCACAUAUGGGAACCAUGACAAUCAGCGAAACAUCACACAUCUUGAAGAAAUACAGCGCGAGCAGCACGUUAGUUCUCUGAGCUACACUCGCACUGCACCAUCUGGUAUCGGAGGGAGGGGAGGGGAGGGCACGUAUUGGGUUCCAAUCUACGAAAAGGCGACUGAUCUGACGCCUGCUUUGAUCCUAUGGUUUUUCGAUUCCCGAGGUGGUUAUUCUCCUGGACCAUCAUCCGCGCCGCUACCCGACUGGGUGGACGCCUCUGUAGCAGGAUGGAUCAAGAGCGAGACAGCUGCAAUGGAAGCUGGGUGGGAUUCGAUAGAAAGGAGAGCGCGAGGGGCUUUAGCCUUCGUACAUAUACCUCCACAUGCAAUUGAGAGCGUGCAAAAGACAUUGAACGCUGUACGAAACCCAGGACUAAAUGCUGACGUUCUAUCCCGGGGAUCAACACAAGCCACCACUGACGCGUCAUCAGCAGGAAAUGACCAACCGUUUUGGGAUGCACUGAAUGCCAAUAUCAAGAACCUCCAUGCAGUUAUCUCUGGACAUGAUCACGGCAACGAGUGGUGUGCCCGUGAACCUUCGAAGGAUGUGAUAUUUUGUUUCGACAAGCAUUCUGGCUACGGCGGCUACAAUCGCCUAGGAUGGGGCCACGGUGUACGGAAUAUCGUGUUCUCCUCUGCAAAUCCAACUAGGGGGCUUGAAACGUGGAUCAGGUUCGAGGACGGACUGACGUGGGCGAGAGUUACGCUGGACAAAAACUAUGGUCGAUGAUUGCGAUUCGGUGACCCAGAUUUGCUGUAUACAUAUUACAACGUCAAUCACACACUUUUGGACGAUAAGAA